AAUUGCAAGUAUGGCGACCUCGAAAAUAUUAUUAAAAUCUAUUCUACAAAAUAAUAAGAUAUUAAUUUCGAGGAAUUUUUCUUCUUCUACAUGCAGAUGUGCCAGUUACAAGUCUGAACCAUGGGAAGAGAUCUAUACAGCUCAUGAAAUUGAUCCGACUGAACCAACCUUUGGUAAAAUAUUAAUUGCCAACCGAGGAGAGAUAGCUUGCAGAGUAAUCAGGACUUGCAGAAAAAUGGGAAUUAAGACCGUGGCAGUACACAGUGUAGCGGACAGUAUGGGUCUGUUUGUGAAAAUGGCGGACGAAGCAAUUAACAUCGGUCCUGCUCCAGCCAGGGAAUCCUACCUAGUAAUGGAGAAGAUUCUGGACGCUGUUAAACAAACUGGAGCUGAAGCUGUUCAUCCAGGAUAUGGAUUUUUAUCUGAGAACACACUGUUUGUAGCAGAGUUAGAAAAGGCUGGUGUCAAGUUUAUAGGUCCUAAUAGCAAAGCAAUCUCUGAAAUGGGAGACAAGUUGGCCAGUAAACGAUUGGCAACCCAGGCUGGUGUGAAUGGUAUCCCUGGCUAUGACGGUGUUAUAGAGGAUGCUGAUCACUGUGUUGCUCUGAGUAAGGAUAUCGGAUAUCCAGUCAUGGUUAAAGCUUCAGCUGGAGGAGGUGGUAAGGGUAUGAGGAUAGCUUGGAACGACGACGAGGCAGCUUUAGCAUUCCGUCUGUGCAGUGAGGAAGCCAGGUCUUCUUUCGGAGAUGAUCGGAUGAUAGUCGAGAAAUUCGUGGAUUCUCCUAGACAUAUUGAAAUACAGAUGUUGGGUGAUAAACAUGGAAACGCAAUCCAUCUGAAUGAACGAGAAUGUUCUAUCCAACGAAGAAAUCAGAAAGUUAUUGAAGAAGCUCCAAGUCCUUUCCUAGAUCCUGCUACAAGAGCUGCAAUGGGAGAACAGGCUAUCCAGUUGUCUAAAGCUAUAGUUCAUCAAAUGAUAAGAUCAGCUUACGGUCAUCCUCUACAUCUUAAACAGGAGGAUAUAGGGAUCCGAGGUUGGGCUUUUGAGAGCCGUGUUUAUGCAGAAGAUCCAUUUAAAAACUUUGGAAUGCCUUCCAUUGGUCGUCUUCAUAAAUACGAGGAACCCAGAAAUAUUCCAGGAGUUAGAUGCGACUCAGGCAUUGAGGAGGGAUCAGAGAUCAGUAUGUUCUACGAUCCUAUGAUCUGUAAGCUGACCUGCUACGGGGCGACUAGGGAGGAUGCUAUCGCUACCUCAGUAAAUGCUCUGGAUCACUAUGUUAUUCGAGGUGUGACUCAUAAUAUUCCUUUACUCCGGGAUGUCCUGACAGAAGAUGUAUUUAACUCCGGAGUAUUUACUACCUCAUAUCUACCUCAAACAUACCCGGACGGAUUCAAGGGAAUAAAUCUUAACGAAAAGGAGAAACUAGAAGUUGCUAGUUUAGCUGCUAUCUGCUAUGCCAAGGAAAGUCUGAGAGCGAACAACCGUUUAACUGACACGAUGGUCCGGAAUUAUCGACCUUUGACCUCCUGGGAACUAGAGGUCAUGGUCAAAGGAGAAAGUAUCCCAUUGACUCUUCACAAAGGAGACUCCUCAUACAGGGUUAGCUUUGCCACCAGCUCUAUGGAGGUUGUGGACAACUUCAACCUGGCGGACUCGGUCUUCGAUACAUUUAUAAACGGAGAGAAUAUUGUUGUUCAACUCAAAGAGAAGAAAUCUAAUGGAGCUCUUAAGCUUAGGUAUAAAGGAACAGCUCUAGACCUUGAGGUUAUCCCAGCUUCUGCUGCCAGGCUUAAGCAUUAUAUGCCGGUUAAGGCUGUACUCGACACUAGCCGAGUUAUACUGUCUCCUAUGCCUGGGGUUGUUAGAAACCUUUCUGUACAAGUUGGAGAUAAGGUUGGUGAAGGCCAGGAGUGUGCUGUUGUUGAAGCCAUGAAAAUGCAGAACAGUCUGACCAGCGGAGUAGCUGGGGUUGUCAAGGCUGUUCAUGUUAAGGUUGGAGAUACUGUGGAGGAUGAACAGAUAAUGAUAGAGAUUGAAUAAUUCUUCGCUAGUUCACUUUAUAGUUGGAUAGGGGUAUAAUUCUUUCAACACACUCACACUAUUACACAUCCUUGAGCCAUAUUUCAUUAAAAUACAUCCUACGUUACAUCCUAGACCCUUCCGAAUUUGAUUUAGCCAAUAAAGUACAGUGUACAUCCUGUUAGCUUAAAUGUGUGUGUAUGUACACUAAAUCCAAUAUACAAAAUAUUUGUACUUCCAAAAUAAGUAAAGUUCCAAUAUUCUUGAGACGGUUAAUAAAUAGAGUCAAGAUUUUUAAAACCUUUCAUUAAAUAAUUUUUAAAAAAUUCUGGGCAAUUUUCAAAGAGCUUCUAACAGUUAAAUUGUCAUAAAUAUUUGGACUGACUAUUCUGUAUGUAGUAGUGAACCCAUUUUAACUUGUAAUCUCUAUGUAGCUGUAUGAACCCUGGUUUCAGAUUCUUGGUUUUCAAGAGUAGAUUUUAUUUAAAAUAAAACAAAAUAAAUUUUUAGAAUGCAUUUAAAUUCAUACAGAAACGGUGCUAUGUGUUAAUAUUUUGUAGUCUUAAUUUGUUAAUAAAUAAUGGGAAGAAA